AAGCUCAUUUCUGCACUGUUUUACUGAAGAACCCAUUAAAAGAGCCAGUGAAUCUUGUAGAAAAUGGCGUUCAGUGAUCUUACAUCGAGGACUGUGCGUUUUUAUGAUAAUUGGAUCAAAGAUGCUGACCCAAGAGUUGAAGACUGGCUGCUCAUGUCCUCGCCCCUGCCGCAAACCAUCAUCCUGGGGCUCUAUGUCUACUUUGUUACAUCUCUGGGACCAAAGCUCAUGGAGAACCGGAAGCCCUUUGAACUCAAGAAAGUGAUGAUAACGUACAAUUUUUUCAUAGUACUGUUUUCUGUGUAUAUGUGUUAUGAGUUUGUGAUGUCUGGCUGGGGUACAGGUUACUCAUUUCGAUGUGACAUUGUUGACUAUUCUCAGUCACCAAGAGCAAUGAGGAUGGUGCACACCUGUUGGCUUUAUUACUUUUCCAAAUUUAUCGAGCUGUUAGACACUAUCUUUUUUGUCCUACGUAAGAAAAACAGCCAAGUGACUUUCCUUCAUGUCUUCCAUCAUACGAUCAUGCCGUGGACCUGGUGGUUUGGAGUCAAAUUUGCUGCAGGUGGUUUGGGAACAUUCCAUGCCUUUUUAAACACCGCUGUGCACGUGGUCAUGUAUUCCUACUACGGACUGUGUGCAAUGGGACCAGCCUACCAGAAGUAUCUAUGGUGGAAAAAACAUCUGACAUCUUUGCAGCUUGUCCAGUUUGUUCUUGUCACUGUCCACAUAGGCCAGAUCUUCUUCAUGGAGGACUGCAAUUACCAGUACCCAAUUUUCCUGUACGUCAUCAUGAGUUACGGAUGCAUCUUCCUGCUACUCUUUCUCCACUUUUGGUACCGUGCUUACACCAAGGGUCAGAGGUUGCCCAAAACUGUAGAAAAUGGGGAUUGCAAAAGCAAGCGUCACUAAAACACAAGCCCUGCCUGGAUUUACAGUGGAGACUGAUAUCUUGCCUUCCUUGACAAUCAAGACAUACUUUACCUAUGCAGUACAUUUUGUAUAUUUUUCAAAACCAAGAGCUUGUAUUUUUAUGAUAAGUUAUUUGGGUUUCUGAUCUCUGAGAGUCCAAAGCUUCCAGAUAAGUCUUCUCAGAGGAAGAGCCUGGAACAGCCAGGAGGUUUCCUGAUGCCUUUCAAACCAAUCAGAGGUCUUAAUUCAUCUUGCUACAUCGAGAGGAGGAUAUGAAGUAAUAUAGUGCUCUUCUAGGAACUCCAGGAAUGAUGAAAAAUACUAGCUAUUUUGAACAUGAUAGAGGUCCACAGAGUACGAUAGAUUCCUCCUGCCUGGUGUGCAAGCCCCUGAUCCUGGGUUCUGUCUGUCACUCAUCCCUAAUACUUGGAUGAUAUUACAUUCACUCUAGGGCUCAGUUCUACAGUGCUAACACAGGUAAAGCCUAAGUGGAUUCUUGAUAAGCUCACAUUCUAAAUUGUCAGUGGUAAGUCUGAAUGGUCUUCUGGGUUGUUGCCAUAAGAUCUGCCCACAAGACUUCCUCCCAACACGUGUCCAAGCUGUUAGAGGCGGUGAUGCUUCAGUAUCUGCACUGAUGCCUCUGACCCUAAGGUGAAGGUAAUUUUAUGUUGCAAACAAGAUGAUUUAUAUCAACGAGUUAAUGAACGACUUUGCUAAUGACGAUUCUACAAUUAACUUUGUGCAUGUCUGAAAAGAGGAAUGUGUCAAUUGAAAAAUAUGCUGUGGAACUCAGUGGGGAAAGGUAUAAUCUGUUGUAGUAUAAUACCAUUCUCUGAUAUGUCAUGGUUUAAGGGAUUGUUUUGCCAAAGUAUGUAUUGAUUAGAUAUUUAAGUGUUCGUGUGAUGGGCUUACCUCAGAUGCUUUUGAAUCACAUAUUAAUUUUUGAAUAUCUACUAUGCAAUGUGACUUAUGAAGCAACUGGAGUUGGGUGGUGCAGGGCAUCAGAUGUGGUCACAUAAACAAGGGCUGUUAGAUAUUGAGAGAUAAAGACACUACAUUAUGAUUGUAUAUUAUAUAUAUUUAGUGUUGUGAAUACACUGCAUGAAGAGCUAUUUUCCAGAAUCAUGAAUUAGCUAGGAUUUCCAUUUCUUCAGACUUAUAAGCCAUAUUGUGAAGGGCUGAAAUGUGUGUGGCAUUCCCCAACCCCUUUAAAAAGGCUACUCUAUAGAAUUUCCUUCUUCUUUCUAGUGAGCCAGAACAGCUUAGCAAUACUUGGUUGCUUGUGAAGCUGUCAAUACUAUUUCCCUUUCAUAUUCGAAGACCUAUCAAUGUGUGAACAACUUCAAAAUCUGUACAGACGGCCUUGGUCAUGUGUCCUACACAGUGCUGCUCGUUUUACAACAAAGCCGGAGUCCUCGUUGACUGUAAACUCUGAAUUUUGCCUGUCCUCCCCUGAUCCAUUAUUCUGUCUCCACUUUCACUCCGUUUAUAAAGUUAUUUGCCAUUAAGUGGCCUUUACUGAUUCCCCUUGCUUACAAUGAGAAGCAGAAAAUAAUAGGAAGCUUUUGAUACUUAAAAAAAAAAAAAGUAACACACAAGCUGAGCUGAAGGGAACAGCUGUGCUAGUCUGUUGCUGUGAAGGUCUCAGGGAUCCAUGGUUUCCUAUUUUGACUCUGUGUGCCCUGCCUGAGUUAAGAUGGAUAGGAUGGGAUGGUAGAUGCUGUCCCAUACACAAGCAAUUCCCAAAGGCUCAAGUAGGGCAAAGACCCAAAGGAAUAGAAAAUAGAGAAUAAGUCAGGAGACUUUGAUUUAUUUCCUCUCCUAUAUGACAUACCCUCUCCACUCCUCCUCCUAGUAUCUAAAAUGUUUGACAUGCUUGUGGACUAAGAGCAGCAUUGUGACAUUCUUAACUAUAUGAAUGAGGGCAGGGAGGCAGAAUGUUAUAUGGAAACAGUUCAAGGUUGACAGUCAGUGUCCCCCAUGUAAGUGUCUGUGGAGCAAAGGGUUGGAGGGUUUGUGUCGUCAGUGCUCGGUCAAGCGGAGUUUCUAAUGGGGUUUACCUACUUUUCAGCACGUUAUUGCCUUUAAAUUUGCUUGCCUAAUAAGCAAAAAGCCCAGCUAUUAAGUAGAGUUUAUUAUAAAAGUUCUAUGAGUCCUUGAGGUCCAAUAUAUAUGAUAUAAAUACAAAUUUUAAAUUAUCUAUGGGGCAUUAUGCUUUCUGCCUUCAUACUUAAUGAGAAUUCUAAUUUGAGUAUACUACAUUGUUUCAUAGUUUGGGAAAUGAUGAGAUUGUGUCCCUUGGCUAUCUCUUAUUUCUAUUCACUUUUUAAAGACUGUGGAAGUUGUGAAAAGUUGGACUUGUUCUCUGUGCUAUA